ACUGAAGGCGCCUCGCCAUUUUUUGUUUUUUUUGUUUUUCGCUCCUUCCUUCCUCCUUGCGAUCCCAAUUUUCUAAGCAAUAAGAGCACAAAAUGUCAUUCUUUACAUAUAUCCGUCUCAAGGCAGUCGCUACUUUCCUUCGAUUCGGCAUACCAGCUAUACCUAAGCCACAGACUGAUGGUGUUCUUCAAAUUCCAUCUCGGGAUGAUGGCCGAACAAUCAAAGUCUACGUCUACAAACCAAGCAAUCCACAACCAGGGCCAUCUCCUGUUCUCCUCAACUUCCACGGCAGCGGCUUCAUUCUCCCAUUACAUGGCAGUGAUCAAGUCUACUGCCGCCGCAUCGCAGAAAACACUCCAUACACAGUGCUCGAUUGUGCAUAUCGCUUAGGCCCUGAAUGCCCAUUCCCUGCAGCACCCAAUGAUGUGGAAGAUGCCAUAAAAUACGUCCUUUCACGCCCAGAGGAAUAUGAUCUCACUCAUGUGUCAAUCGGUGGCUUCAGCGCAGGUGCAAACAUGUCACUUGCCCUCGCUGGCCAUGUAUUUCCGCCGAAAACCUUCAGAUCAGUCCUAGCUUUCUACCCUCCGACCGACGUCUCCGUUGACCCAUACAAGAGAGUCCAGCCGGAGCCAGCUCCGACUAAUGUCCCGGCAUGGAUCGUGGCAACGUUCAACGAGUGUUAUUUCAAGGGCCAGGACCCUAAACACCCGUUGCUUUCCCCGAUGUUUAUCGAUGCGGCGAAGUUUCCAGAUAAUAUCUUGAUUAUCACGUGCGGUCAGGAUCCGUUGGCGUUUGAGGGCGAGGAGUUCGCAAAGAAGCUGCAGGAUGGAAAGAGACAUGUGGUCACCCAGAGAAUCCCUGGCGUAGGACAUGCUUGGGAUAAGCAGGUUGAGGCAGGGAGUGUUGCGGAGGAGAAGAGAGAUGAGGCGUAUGCUUUGGCGAUCGAGAUGCUGAAGAGAUAGGCCACUGUAAUUUAGAACAAGCUUUCAGAUACUGUACCGACUCUCACAGCCUUGACUAACGAGCUCGAUUCCGCCAACGCAUACAAAUUUCGCCCAGUUAGCUUUCGC